GCGGUGACGUUAGCGCUAUCUGACUCGGAGAGCAGCGGUCUCGGCCGCCCGUAUCGGGGAUGGAUUUGGAAGAAGGUCUUAAAGUUGUUGGGGAGUUUGGACCCUACCAGAAGCGGGUGGUGGCUGUCCUCGUUCUGACCCAGAUCUACAUGGCAUGUCAGUCCAUGCUGAUCGUUCUGGUUGGAGCUACGCCGGAGUACCACAUCGAGCAGCAUGACGGGGUCCCGUACAGCCAGCAGGAGCUCCACCGACACGUCACCUUUACGGAGGACAUUGACUCCAUCGUGACGGAGUGGUUUCUCAUCAAACAACAGGCCUAUAAGGUCAGUCUAGCCGGUUCGCUGUUUUUCGCCGGGCUUCUGGUCGGGAACAUUGUGUUCGGGCCGCUCUCCGACCGGAUCGGCAGGAAACCGGUUUACCUGACGGGUCUGUUUUUCGAGGUGAUCUUCGGCUAUGUGACGGCCUGCGCGCCCAGCUAUGAGGUCUUCGCCGUGUCCCGUCUCCUCGUGGGGCUGAUGAACGGCGGCAUGGGCCUCGUCUGCUUCGUUCUCACUCAGGAGUACGUGGGCAAGUCCUACUGGGCCAUGACCGGGACGUUGACGAGCAUCAGUUUUGCAGUGGGCAUCGCCCUGUUUGGAGCUCUGGGCUACUUCAUCCGGCCGUGGAGGGUCCUGGCCGCGGUGUCGAACACGUCUGGUGUCCUGUUCUUCCUGAUGUCUGUAACUCUCCCAGAGUCUCCUCGUUGGCUGUAUUCUCAGGGUCAGACGGAGAAAGCUGAGGAGGUUCUUCGCUACAUGGCGCUGAGGAACGGCAGAGUUGUCAACCACCUGACGUUGAAACGGGUCGGUGCUGCUAAGGCCCAUAACCGCGGCAACGGGGGUGCGGGCAUCCUGCAGCUGGUGCUCCAUCCGGUCCUCCGUCUGCGGACGAUGGUGCUCAUGUAUGUCUGGUACGCGUGCAGUCUGGUGUACUACGGUCUGACUCUGGGGGCCGGUGACACGUCUGGUAGCCGUUAUGUCAACGUAGCCAUGUACGGCCUGGUGGAGCUGCCCGCCUACCCGCUCUGCAUGUACUUCAUCAACAAACACUGGGCCGGCAGGAGGAAAAGCCUGGCCGGUUUCCUGUGUCUGGCCGGCGCCGCUUGCUUCUGCUCCAUGUUCAUGCCCGAAAACCCAGGCAGCUUGCUGAGCGUUACGUCGUUUGCACUUCUGGGAAAACUGAUGGUCAGUGCAGCGUUCAACAUCGCCUACGUCUACACCUCUGAACUCUACCCGACGGUCAUCAGAAAUGCUGGUUUGGGAGUUUGUUCCAUGUCGUGCAGAGUUGGAGGAAUCCUUGCACCAUUUAUUCCUUCCAUGCGGGCUCUCCACACCUCGAUGCCUUUCACGGUGUUCUGUCUGAGCGGCCUGUCUGCAGGCUGCCUCGGCCUCCUGCUGCCGGAGACCCUCAACGGGCCUGGAGCCGAGACUCUGGAGGAGCUCACCAGCGCCAACAACAGCCGAGUGCUGGAGAGCAAGGCUCUUCUAUAUGAUGUUGGCAAAAGGAAAUCAAACCGCAAAUGAAGCCCACCGGUCACAGAUUGCCUCCGCCUCCUUUCCUUAUGAAACUGCCGCCUCACGAUAACGGUGAACUGUCCCUGGUUAUAAUUAACUUGAAGGACUAGUCGACUAGUCUGUGACACAAUGACGUUUCAAAUGGGGUCUGGGAAGUGGCGGCUGACCAACGCUUUUCCUUCAGGAAGAGGGCGUGAAUCCGCUGACUAGCAGUUCCUCUUGAAUGUAAGUUCACGAUGGUUUCCACCUCCUGCCUUUUAGUUAAUUUCCUGGACAUCGUCAUUGUCUUUGUGCCUUAUUUGGAGGUGGACUGCUGAGAGAGACGGACGCGUGACUUCCAUUCCAUUCCCGAUAUGCCAGGAAGUGGAUGGAAAAUCUAAUUUGCUGAUAGCAAAAGUGUGACGGAGUUCUCUGACAUGACACACACUGAUGCACGCUUACUUCAAGACGAAAUACAGUUUUAGAUUUUUUAUUUAUUUUCUAGGACCACACUGAUUUUCAGCCUGAUGCUGAACCGCAGCAUCUUUCUCUUGUGUUUCUGGCAGUGAGCCUGUCGCGUGCCGAAGUGUCACCCAAUUUUGUAGCAGAGAAAACGGGUUACAGUUUAUCUGUAACCCGACCAGAGCGGAGGUCGAGGGACCAUCGGCUCUCCUUCCUCCAUCGAGAACAGCCACAUUCCCACAUAUCAGUGCUGCCAUGUCCAUAAUCUGUGGAUGUCAUGUAAAUUGGGGCUUGUAUUAGUUUCUGAUUUGUCCUUUACAUUUUUAUUCUGUAAAUCUUGACUCUUAAAGGGCCUUUGUGCUUAAGCGUGCUAUAUAAUUACAAUUAUUAGUAUUUCUACACUCGUUGGCUACUUAUCUCUCCUUGUCUUGCGUUCAAGGAAAACAAAUCAAGCGGUAAAAUAGUGUUUGUAGUCUUGAGACGGACCAACAGGAGACUGAAAAACGUGAAUAAGCAACUAGCAAAGAAUGUCAAUUCUAACGCCAAUCAAUCAGUUAUUUAAUAAAUCAGUCAACGCUUUAAUCAGCGACAUUUUGAGUCAUCGUCAUGCAGCACUACAGCCUCUUCUCUGUCAUUUCUCACCCAGCUGUGAGAUCCUUACUGGUUACUCCUUACUAAUCAACCGAACCACAACUCUGGAACGAAAACGUCACUUUGGAUGCACACACUUUUUGUGCGUGCAUCCAAACAUUUCAUCACUGCCCUCUGUGCCUUCCUUCUCUAGCCUUGAACUCUGAAAUGUUUGAAAGAAAAGAAAACACGUGAGGUAUUAUCAAGAUGUAAAUAAGAUAUUAGUUGUCUGAGAUGUUUUAUAUGCCAUCGUUUUGUAUUGUGCUUCUUUACAAUCAUACUCUUACAACGUGUGCUAUGUAGGUAUAUAUAUAUAUAUAUAGCAUGCAUGCAAUGUCUCUGGGUCCUGGACAUGUUUAAUCUAUUCAUGUUUAACACAGUAAACGGUUGAAACAC